AUGUUACGACAGUUUCCAGCGACUCAUCUGAAACUUGUUCGAAGCUCGGUUCGUUUGAUACGAAGCAAACAUACGCUGCCAGAUUUACCGUAUGAUUAUGGAGCCUUAGAGCCGGUCAUUAGCGCCGAAAUAUUGCAGGUUCACCAUCAGAAACACCAUGCGACAUAUGUCAAUAAUCUGAAUAUUGCAGAGGAAAAGUUGCAUGAAGCCAUGGCGAAAAAAGAUACAGUAGCGGCGGUAUCCAUCAUGUCGGCUCUGAAGUUUAAUGCCGGCGGUCAUCUCAACCACAGUAUCUACUGGACGAACCUUGGUCCUAACUGCGGAGGCGAGCCUUCAGGCGAGUUUCAGCUAUUAAAUGCAGUUUUUCUUAACUUUUGCCAUUGGUUUUCAGGCGAUUUGGCAAAAGCGAUUAAAACCGAUUUCGGCUCUUACGCGAAUUUCAAGUCUUUGCUGACAAAUGCAUCGAUCACUGUUCAAGGGUCUGGAUGGGGUUGGCUUGGAUAUAAUCCUACGUUCAACCGGUUGGAAAUGGCCGUGACGCAAAACCAGGAUUUACUGCAGCCUACAACAGGCUUGAUACCACUUUUAACAAUUGAUGUGUGGGAACAUGCUUACUACCUCAAGUAUAAAAACUUGCGAGCGGAUUAUGUUAAAUCGAUCUGGGAUAUUGUCAAUUGGAAGAACGUUGCGGAACGUUAUGCGAAUGCGGUGAAAAAGUGA